GUCACUUGGUCCUCAUUCAUUCAUUCAUUGGGGAAAUCUUAAUCAUAUUUAUUAUCGUUUUGUACUUUUCGACUAAUACGUGUUUAAAUUCAAAGUUCAGUGUGACUAGAAUUCCUUGUUUUAAUACAAAGAAAACGCUACGUUCUGUUAUCGAUUAACUGUCUCUUGGGUUGUGAAUUUGUCGAAGUCUAUUAGAAGUGUUUAUAGUUCGUCACAAUGGCUAGUAAUGCUCCGUCCGCUCCCAGCGACCUUCCACCCGCGUAUUCGGAGGUCAUUGGUAAUCCACAGUACGGGUUCGUGGCCCCAGAAGGUUCUUUCGCCGAUCCUCACGCUGCGUACCAGCCACCGAAGUCGUUCACCCCGGCCGGGGUGUACCCGCACCCGCCCAGCGGGGCCACGACGGCGCAGCCCCAGGCGGGCGUGCCGCCGCCGGGCGCCGUCCCCGUCCCCGUGGGGAUCGUGCUGCCGCAGGCGGUGGGCAGUGAGCCGACGACCAUCACUUGCUUUAACUGUGGCAAAGUAGUCACUACCAGAGUCACUUACACAACAGCCUGGCAUACCCAUUUAGUAGCUGGAUCAGUGUGUGUUAUCACAAUGGUGUGCUCUCUGUGCUGCCUCGGGCUGGUGCCGUACUGCUUCGACACAUUCAAGGACGCGGAACACUACUGCCCCAACUGCAACACAUUCGUUGGCAAGAGCACCAAAUGCUAAACAUUCUUAUGAAGUUUUACCCUCUUACGACUUGACAAUAGCAAUGACUUAUUAAUUAUCUACCUUGUUGAGCCCUUCAAUAAGCCCUUGAUUAAGAUAAUAACAUUUCAAAGCUAGUUUUGACUGCUAGUAGCUAGUAUCACAUCCAUCCUAGUGCUGCUUCAGUUACAUUACACCAUGGCCUAUCUUUUUUAUAUACUUUAGCCUCAUUUUUUUACAUUCAGUGCAUAUACAAAUGUUGUAAAUUAAGUAAUAUUUUUGUAAUGAAAUCAAGUAAUAUUUUUCUCUAAGGGCCACUUGCACCAACGAAAAUGGAGGGUUAACCCACUGACAUGACAGCCCACUAACCCUGAGUUAAGUGGUUGGUGCAAGUGGGCCUAAGUCUCACGAAAAUGAUAAGAUUUAUAAGAUAUGAAUUAGCCGAAGGAAUCAUUUAGAUAGAGGAUUAAAUAAACUUUUAUAUUUGAUAGACUUUCAUAGAUAUAAAUAUAGUUAUCAACCGUACCAUCCAUAAGUUUGUAUCCAUGUGACUAAGAAGACACCAAAAAAACAUCCAUGAAUACUUAAUUAAAUUGUAUUAUGUCGACAUCCUUGUAACAUUAACGAGUGUCGCAAUGCUUUGGCUGAAUGACAGGGUAGAGAGCUGGAGAGUACAGCCCUAAAUAGAUUAAAUGAAGUACCUUUCAUUUUUCGACUGAGUAGCUUUUUUACCAUGUAGUAUUACCCAAAAUAAUGUUACAUUUUAUGUCAUUGUGCUAGUCUUCCUUUCAAGCCGGGUUGACAUACUGUAAAGCCCUGUAGGCCUAGCACAGGAGAGGCGAGGCGUGACAGUAUCUCCCCGGUGAGGUAAACUAACAGUCCAAUCAUAUGGGUAGCCUAUAUCGCGGGGCAUCCCGCGCCUCUCCUGUACGAGACCUAAAGCUGUAAUUUGUAAACCACAUCACAUAUAACUAUUAUUACACAUUAGUUAUAUUAUAUCUCACAUUUUGCUUAAUGAGAGAGUGAGACGCUAUGAAAAUUGGACCAAGAUUGUUGAAUACCAAGAAAGUGUUGAUGUGGAAUACCACACUUAAAUUACAUUAAUAUAUCAAAGGCAACUUCUUUUUCAAACAUUCCAAUACUAACCUGGCAAUAGUAUCUCACAUUUGCUAUUUUGUACAGUCUGCAAUAAAAAUAUACAUACAUACGUUUGAAGUGUAAAAUAUGUAUACAGGACUGGACUUUAUUGCCUGCACAAUAUGGUCGUGUAUACUUUUUUCACUUUGGUUGUAUUAAUAUCUUUGUAGCUGACAAUGCUGACGGUAUUAUGUUUUUAUAUGUCCCUGUUAAGUCCACUUUGCUACAAAAGACGUUGCUUUUUUUGGCUUUAUUAUGUAUAUUAGUUAGGAGGUGCCAAUAUUAAACGUUUUAUUGUUUGGAAAAUAAGCUUAGGUAAACUUGUUGGUGGUUUUAAUUAUUUAUCGCUAUUAAGUUCAAAGUUCCAAUUUAAUUUUAUGGCCACAAGAUUGUCACAAUAACUAAUACUAAAGUGAAUGAAGAAUAUUGCAGGUCAUAUUGAACAACUAUUACUGUGGGGCUAACCUCAAUAAGGGUGGAAAUUAUCGAGCAGAGUUAAAAGAGGGUGUGUUAGGAUAGGCAACGCGCCUACACCUCUAUAAUUCCGGGCCUCCAUAGGCUACAUCGACUGUUUACUAUCAGGUGGGUCAUAUGCUUGUUGUCACACAGACCAACACUACAACACACAGACCUGGCCCGUUUCUCGAAAGGUACAAGCCUUGUAUUACAAGUGUGUUUCCAUGACAACCCAUACGAUUUG